AUGUCGAAUCAGGACCCCCAUUCUUCCUUACCAGCUUAUGGGUCAAAUCUCACAGAUUCUUCAGUGUUCAACAGUACAGCCUCCAAUCCCAGCUAUAGCAGAUUCAGGAAAGAAAAAGGGCGGAAUAAGAACAUCCAGCAGUCAGACCCCAAGAAUAUUGGCAAUUAUGUAAUAUCCAAAGUUAUCGGGCAAGGGACCUUCGGAAAGGUUUGGAAAGGAAUCCAUCUCCUCACUGGCGAGAAAGUAGCUGUCAAACUGUUCGACAAAAAGCAAAUCAAAAAUAAGGAUGACAUGAAACGGAUUAAGAGAGAAAUUAAAAUCCAAAAGAAAGUCAAGCAUCCCAAUAUAGCCCAACUAUAUGAAAUGGUGGAGACUGAGGAGUUCAUAUACCUCAUCCUGGAAUACUGCAGCGGUGGUGAGCUGUUUGACUACAUUGUGGCUAAGAAAAGACUUGAUGAGAAAGAAGCAUGCAAGUACUUCCAAGAACUGAUUAGUGGUAUUGAAUACCUCGGGAAAAAUAAUAUUUCUCACAGAGAUCUUAAGCCAGAAAACUUAUUGAUAGACUUUAAUAAAAGUAUAUAAAGAUCAUAGAUUUUGGCCUCUCAAAUUUUUACAGUGAUAAAUAAUGAUAAGCUCCAAACCGCUUGUGGGUCUCCUUGUUAUGCAGCUCCAGAAAUGAUUGCUGGCAAAAAGUACAAUGGCCUCAUGACUGAUAUCUGGUCUGCAGGCGUAGUUCUGUAUACCAUGAUUUGAGGAUAUCUCCCCUUUGAGAAUGAGAAUACCUCAUUGUUGUAUAAAUCUAUUUUGAGAGUCCAAUAUUCAGUUCCAAGCUGGGUUUCAAAAUUAUCAAAAUAAUUUAUUGAACAAGAUACUUGUAUCUGAUCCAUCAGUUCGUGCGACAAUUGAUGAAAUUCGGGAUCAUCCUUGGUGUCUGCAAGUUAGGUUACCUCCUCCCUGAAACAUAUUCAAGAGGAUAAGUAAGACUAUCCUUGCAACAAUGGAGGAAUUAGGGUUUAACAAACUGUUUGUGGAGAAUUCCAUCAAAGACUCCAAGCAUAACCAUACAACCACUACAUAUUAUAUUUUAAAUAAAAGCAUGAUUAUUCAAAAGGAAAAGACCAAGAAGUUAAAGUAAAUCCUUCAACAAUAUGAGCACAGGACUUGAUUCUCCUGAUAAGCCAAGUAUCGCGAACUUCCAUCCCAAGAAAAAGGUCCGGAUUUGAUCUCAAAGUCAGCCAAAUAGGCCUAGAAAGACGCCGAAAGAUCCUUGAACUCAACAAGGUCCAACUCCGCAAUACGACAACUACAUCACAGAUACUUUAUCAGUGCACCAAUACAACCUUAGGGCUUAUAACGAGAGGACUCAUAGUUCGAAUUCUCCUCAAAAGUAUCGCCACCAACUUGAGAAUUCGAAGAAGUUCAAUGGUCGAGAUUUUUCUGUGACAAAAGAGCAGCCUGAAAGAGCCACCAUACAUACAAAUUACCAGAUAGGGAUCAAGUCAGGGAAGGGGUUCAAGCAUAAAGUCAAACUUGACCUACAGAAGUUUAAAUAAAUUCAGAGGUAACUUCGGCAAGCUCAGCCUCGUUAAGAACAAACAAGUCAUGGCCAAAAAGGACCGAAAGAAGGUAAGAGAGCAUGGCCCUGGCCCAGAGGAGUUCAUGAACCUUUCGGUGUAUGAUGAUUACCAAAACCCUCUUAAUAAGAGCAUUAAUGUCACACAGAAGUAUAAUAACCAAAGCAAGGCUGCUAACUCAAAGUCUGCAUUCUUGACCAAUAAAUCAGAUUUUAAUAAGACUCAAAACAUAUUUGCAAACGGGUCCAACGUCGGCAUGACAAGGACCUUGGAGUCUAUGUCAAAACCAAAAUCAAGACAGAAUUUACAAAAGAAGAUAUCAAAGAUAAGAGUUGGACAUCAUAAAAGACAAAGGACACAAGGAAAUUUCCCGAUGAAUGAAAACAAAGUUCAUUAUCCCAUCAGAGAUUCAUACUUCAAACAUAAAAUAUCUAGGGAGAGUUCCAAAGCAUCUAGAUCAAACAGCAGAGUGAUAAAAUCAAAAAUAGGCAGGAAGUACAACCCUGGUGAUGUGACAAGUCUUAUCAGGACAGCAAUGGUGCCUUCAUAUUUCAUCAGCAAGUUAAAUUCUAACUUCUAA